AUGGCAGAAAUCGAACCAAUCACCUUCCCACCAGCUGUGCUCGCAAGAGUCUCUCCCGAGCUAUCACUACAGAGACAUCUAGCCAUUGGAAUACGUCCGUGUCUGAGAACAUUUGAAGAGUUCAGAGCUGUUGAGUGCACUGCUGGGGGCCUCAGCAGAUACUCUGAAGAGUCUGUUAAAGACUCUUCCGUGCUGGGAUCGUCGUUGGUGAAGAGUGGCAACACCACCGUGAUAUGUACGAUCACAGGCGGUAUCCUGGAGGAGGACUUGCCAGCUGAAGUGGUGAACGAGGACGCUGAGGCUGUCAACGCCAUCUUUGCACCUGAAGCGAUUGAAGAAGAAGCGAAGGAAGAGUUUGACUCGCUAGAAUCAAACGCUGCUGUCUAUCCAAUAGUCGAGGUGGAGAGAGGAAGAAUAGGAGCGCCUACUGAUGAGGAGAUGAUCCUGGGACAGAGGCUCUAUGAGACCCUGUUGCACUCUGGCAUCAUCUCCAAGGAGUCUCUAAACGUCAGGGUUGGACUACGAAGCGUCGAGGAAGACGGAAAGGUUGUCAUCACGUACUUUGACGACUCUGAGAUUGGCUCAGAGCUCGGUCCAAAGAGGAAAUGGCAGUACGUGUUGUAUGCCAAGGUGAAAGUGUUCAGUCGUUCCGGUCCACUGUUUGAGUUGGUGUGGUAUUCUCUGUUACAAGCUCUGAAGAACACGAAGCUUCCAAGGGCUUAUAUUGAUGAGAGCGCUGCUGACAUCAAGAUCCCGGUAAAGAUCAGAGGGAACUUUGCCGCAGUUAGAGAACAGUACCAGAUUAUAUGUGAUCCUUUAGAACAUGAUACGCUCAUUUUGAACGAAGCAGCACUUGGAUACGCAUCCAACUUCUGUAUCAUUGAUAUUGAUGAAGAGUCGAGAGAGACUGUUGAACCAGAGGAUCAAUCCAUGGAGGUUGACUCAAGAUCAGUGCUUUUAGCGGAUGUUGAAGGGGAAGAAGAAGAGGCAUCCUCCAAAAAGACCAUGUCAAUUGUAGUGGAUAGCAAGGGUGAAGAGCUCAAAUCCGUGACGAUAUCUGGAGGUGUUGACAACGACCAGCUGAAGCGUGCUGUGGAAUUGGCUAGACUAAGAUCUAAACAAUUGCUUUAA